AUGCUCUACGUGAUCGGCCUGGGCCUCAGCGACGAGAAGGACAUCACUGUCAAGGGCCUCGAGGCCGUGCGCGGGUGCGACCGCGUCUACCUCGAGGCUUACACGUCCAUCCUCAUGAUCGAGAAGGAGAAGCUUGAGGAGUUCUAUGGACGUCCCGUCAUUACUGCGACUCGUGAAAUUGUCGAGCUCGAGAGCGAUGAGAUCUUGCGCGACGCGGACAAGGUCGACGUCGCGUUCCUCGUUGUUGGCGACCCGCUGGGCGCAACCACCCACACGGACCUUCUCCUUCGCGCCCAGAACCGCGGCAUCCCCACCCAGACGAUCCACAAUGCGUCCAUCAUGACGGCUCUCGGCUCCUCUGGCUUGCAGAUGUACAACUUUGGGCAGGCGAUCUCGCUUCCCUUCUACACCAACACCUGGACGCCUGACUCGUGGUACGACCGCCUCGAGGAGAACCUGCGCUAUGGGAUGCACACGCUCGUGCUCUUGGAUAUCAAGGUCCGCGAGCAGAGCGAGGAAAACAUGGCGAGGGGACGCCUCAUCUACGAGCCACCACGCUUCAUGAACCCCAUGACGGCGUUUGAGCAGAUGCUGCUCACCGAGGGCAAGCGGCACCCUUCGUCUGAAAUCGAGGCCGACAUGGACGAUGAGGAUGAUGUGCCCGUUGCGGCUGGCCCGACGCUCAUGGACCCGGAGAAGACGCUUGCCAUGUCGCUCUCGCGCAUCGGCACGAGCACGCAGAAGAUCAUCUCGGGUACCGUCGCUGAGCUAGGGCGCCUCUCUGCUGAUGACUACGGGCCGCCUCUCCACUCGAUUGUCAUUGUCGGAAAGCGCCUCCACCCCCUCGAGGUGGAAUUUGCCGGGCGCUGGUGCGUCGGCGGCGAGAACGGUGAAUGGUGGCGCGUCGCGAAGGAGGUUUAUGGUGUCGAGCGCGAGUCGUUUGACUAG